GUGGGUCGCUGUCAUUGGAACAGUUUUACUUUCAAAUCCUGCAGCGAGAAUUACAAUGAACGCACCGAGAAUAUUUGCAAGUAAUUCUAUUUGAUUUGUAAACUCUCGACCAAGUUUAAAAAUUCUUUUGUUGGUAUGCUCGAAUUUUAUUUAAAUAAUAUGAAGCAAACUAGUGACAAAAGUGAGACCGGUUCUUUGAAGUUGAAAAGUUAAUGUGUAGUUUUGGAGUUAGUUUGUGGUUUAUGUAAAAUUCAGUGUAGUUGGAAUGCCUUCAUUAACUUUAAGGAAUGGUCUCAUUCUACUCAGCCUAGUUUUACAUGUCACAAAUACUCACCAAAAUGAUAAUUUGGAAUAUAAAAAAAGCCUAAAGGAUGACAUAUCAAGAACAAAAAGGGCAACAAAGAAGGGAUUCUUCAAAACGCUAUUUUCAGUUGCUGGUGAGCAAUACCAAGACACGAGAGACACGUUUGGAAAAGUUAACAACCUCAUAAAUGAUAAUUUUUUACCAGAACAUCAACCAGUAGUAGAGACAACCACAAAACCUAGUAACCCAAAUGUAACAACCACUGCUGCUCCUUUUAAAAUCACUAGGUCCGAAUUCAACAGAAUUAUAAGGAGAAAUCUCAGAGGUCUCGUCAGGCUGUUCAACAUAGAAUUACAAGAUGCGCUAAACCAAUCAAAGAAGAAUAAAGCCGAAUAUGACAAGCAAGUAUCAAAGGAAGUCUCCAAAUUCUUAUAGUGAUAUUUAAAUUAUUAUAAUGUACAUUAUAUAGGGUGAGUCAUAAAUAAGUACAAAUCUUUUUAGGGGUAGUAUAUUUUAUCCCCAGAAACACGAUUAUGAGUUUUUUUUCGCGA